ACCAAAAACAAAGACGCGUUCUUCCAUUCCAUCAUAUACAUACAGCCGUGAGAUAAAAGAACUCGAACCAGAAUCCAUUUCAUGAUUUCAUCUCAGAAGGAGCAAGUAGACACCACACCAAUGGCUAAAUCUCUCUGGGUUUCUCUGGUUCUGUUGGUGUUCUUGAAUUCUCAGAUUCCUUCUUCACAAGCUCAGCAAGAGUACGUCAACAACAAGCAACUAGACUGCGACAGUGGUGUCACCUACAAUGCCACCUUAGGCAAUCUCUGCAAUGGCGUCUCUCGUUCCUGCAAUUCUUAUCUCACUUUCCGAUCAAUCUCUCCUCUCUACAACACUCCUUCCUCCAUAGCUUUUCUCCUGAACUCCACACCCAUUGCCAUAGCCAAAGCCAACAACAUCUCCGACGUUGCUCCCAUCCCCGACAACACCAUGGUCAUCGUCCCCGUUAACUGCUCCUGCUCCGGCAGGUACUACCAGCACAACGCCUCCUACGUCUUGAAGCAACAAGGAGAAACAUAUUUCAGUGUUUCUAAUAAUACCUAUCAGGCUCUCACUACUUGUCAAGCGAUUGAAGCUCAGAACACUUAUGAUAAGCGGAAUCUCCUUGCUGGGAUGAAUUUGAAUGUGCCUCUUCGGUGUGCAUGUCCCACGAGGAAGCAGGAAGAUUCUGGGUUUAAGUAUUUGCUCACCUAUUUGGUCGCUCUAGGAGAAUCGGUGGCUUCCAUUGGUGGUCUGUUUGGGGUCGAUGAACAGAGCGUUUUGGAUGCCAACGAGCUUUCUUCGACUUCUAUUAUUUUCUAUUUCACGCCAAUCACGGUUCCUCUGAGAAAAGAGCCCGAUCCAAUCAAAGUGGCCUCUCCUCCUCCUCCGUCGCCGCCGCCGCCUCCUCCUACUACAGCGAGCUCUGCUGACUCUAGCUCUUCCAAGAAAUGGGUCAUCGUCGGAGUCACGGUCGGAGCUGUUCUUAUUCUUCUCCUUGGCCUGUCGGGAUUUCUCUUCUGCUACCGCCGCCGCCGCCGUCAGCGGAAAUCUCAGCUGCCUUCUUUGGCUCCGACAUCAACCGAAACCACCAAGAAGACCACAGACUCUGGUACAACGCAGUCAUGGUCUAUUUCUUCGGAAGGAAUUCGCUACGCCAUUGAUUCGUUGACAGUUUACAAAUUCGAGGAUUUGCAGAAAGCGACGAGUUUCUUCAGCGAAGCUAACAAGAUCAAAGGAUCUGUGUACAGAGCAACUUUUAAAGGAGACGACGCUGCCGUUAAAAUCUACAAAGGCGACGUGUCGAAAGAGAUUAGCAUUCUGAAGCGACUCAACCACACCAACAUCACGAGGCUCUCCGGUUUCUGUGUCCACAAAGGAGACACUUAUCUGGUUUAUGAGUUCGCCGAGAAUGGCUCACUCGACGAUUGGCUUCAUCCUAACGACAGAAGCAAAAACAAGUUUCAGAAUUCAUCUUCGACCCUAAAUUGGAGACAGAGGGUUCAGAUUGCUCACGAUAUAGCUGAUGCAUUGAAUUACCUUCACAACUACACCAACCCUCCUCAUAUCCACAAGAAUCUCCAGAGUCGGAAUGUGCUUCUGGAUGGGAAUUUCAGAGCCAAAGUUUCAAACUUUGGAUUAGCAAGAGAAUUAGAUGAUGAAGAGGGUGGAUUUCAAGUGACAAGGCAUGUGAUAGGCACACAAGGGUAUAUGGCACCAGAGUAUAUGGAGAACGGAGUGAUAACUCCAAAAAUGGACGUUUUUGCACUUGGGGUUGUGAUUCUGGAGCUGAUAUCAGGGAAGGAAGCCAUUGUUGGGGAUGAGAAGCUUCUGUCCUCGUGUGCGAGGGAGGUGGUUGAAGGAGAGAAUGUGAGGGAGAAGCUUCGAGGAUUUGUGGAUCCAAGUUUUGGGGAUGAAUACCCAUUGGAUUUGGUAUACUCCAUGGCACAAGUUGCUAAACGCUGUGUUGAACAAGACAUUAAUUCGAGACCAGGCAUUUCUGAGGUGCUCACGACACUGUCCAAGAUUCAGUCAUCUACGCUUGAUUGGGAUCCUUCCGAUGAACUUGACAGGUCAAGAUCUGUUAGCCAAGUGUCUGAAGCCAGGUAGACAGACGUCAAUGGCUACUGGAGACUGGAGACAGAGACACAAUCAAAUAAGUCUCUCUCUCCAAAAUUCUCAUACCCUUGAAUCCAUCUAGAGUGGCGCCUCAUGCUCAUGGGACAUGAGAGCUUCCUUCUCAUUUUUGGCUGCUCACUUUUGCAGCAUUAUUAUCAAUCUGUGAUCACGGGUGAUUAUUGCUCCGCAUAAAGAGUGUUGAUUUGUUGAUUCGGUUGGUUUGAUGUCUUUGUUAAUGGGCAACCUUGGAAACCUCUUGUCGCCACUGGGGGGCUAACUUUCUCUGUACACUUGAAAUUUUCUGUUGGACUGAAAUUUGUAGAAAAUAAUGUAAUACCAUUUAUCAUGAAUUUGCAAAAACUUAGAGCAUGUUUGAAGAGAAGUUGAUCUCUAUGGAUUUGAUUUGAGGCAAGGAAGUUUCAAUUUA